AUGAGCACACUGCGUCAAAGACUUUGUAUUCUUCUUGCGAAUGCGGUUGCAAGGAUACUUCGAAGCAUAAGCGAGAGGAUUGGGCCAGAUAUUCCCGGAAGUGCGGCGGAGACAGGCAUUCGACAAAACCCGAGGCUCGCCACGGGUAACCGUGACCUGGUAGAUAAGCUGCUGGGAGCCGGGGCCAACGGCGGUGCCGGCUGGCGGGGUUGUGAUGGCAAGACUCUGCUGCAUGCGGCUGCUGAGGGCGGCAACGUGCCUGUCAUCGCCAGGUUGCGCAGGGCAGGGGCGGGGGGAGACAUGAAAGCGAAAACCCUCGACACCGGGCAUACACCUCUGGAUCUGGCGGUUGUCGGCGGGAAGGCGGCUGCUGCAGAGGCGUUGAUCAUGGCUGGGGCGGAUGUGAACGUGCUCGACUCCAAGAAUGACGGCCCGCUGCACCUUGCGAUCAAAGGGGGUCAUGUGCGAAUCGCCAAGGACCUGUUGCUGAGCGGAGUCAAUCCUGUUCAGGCACGAUCGAGCGGCAAUUUCCCCAUCCACCUCGCUGCUUGGCACGGCCUAGAUGAGGUGGUGUUGGCAUUGGUCGAGAAGGGGAUUGACCUGAAUUGUCUCAACUACAAACGAGGUACUCCUCUCCAUGUGGCGAAAAUUCGCAGCGCACCGGAACAACGCGCCGCCAUCCGAGCGCUGUUCGAAGCCGGAGCCGAUAUCGAGGGUCCAGGUAUCAGGGGACGAACACCGCUUCGACACGCAGCAAGAUCUGGCUCCUACGCCGCCAUUCUGACUCUCUUGCAACUGGGAGCCAACGUCAACUCGAAGGACGACGUGGGAAAAAACCCGUUGCACUGUGCGUGUUUCUUCUGCCACCACGACGCGGCGGAUCUGUUGUUGCGAUGGGGUGCGGACGAGACAGCCGUUAACUUAGAGGGAGAAACGGUUGUCUCCAUGGUGAUACGACGCAUCGCUGAAGCCCUCGAAACACGUUGCCCACCCCUUGAGCGUGUUUCCAAGCUACUGGCACGUGCUCCGCAGGACAGGGCUUGGCGUCGCCGGGGCUUCCUGGUCCUUUGCCGUGCCCACCGAGACAGGGUGCGGCUGGCAGUGGAGAUCCCUGUAGCAGCAGCUGAGGCUACCGAGGGACCGCAGCAACGCCCGAGGUGCUGUGCUAGGACGGGCAGGUGGAGGUCGGGGUGGAGGUGGAUGGGACACAUGGAGGCGGUGGUGGAGCAGGCGCGGGUAGGAGUGGCGUACGCGCCGGGAUUGGAGCUGUGCGGGAAGGCACCGUCGGUGGGUUCGAUGGUGUGUCGGCCUGGAUGA